GUGGCCUGGUCAGAGUGGCAAAAAGGGAGCUGGUGCCCAGACAUAGUCACCUUGCCUCUCCCCGUCCACCCAGCCCUGGGGCACCAGACCCCUUCCAAGGUCCUCAAGCAACUCUUUCCUGCCCAGGGUUCACAGUCCCUGGCCCCUGCCUGGAAAAGUGUUGGGGGCAGGAGGAGGGGGCUGUGCUUACCCGGCUCCCUCAUAUCUGCGAGGCCUGCCCUUUACCAAGCUGGGACUCCACCAGCUUGGGAGGUGGUACUAGUGCUUUUCCUGAUUUGCAGAUGGGACAAUGAAUGCUGGAAGGACUGCUGAUCCCCCCAACCCCAUGGUCACAUGGGAAUUCAGCCCUCAGAGGUGGCGUGGCCUGCUCUUGCCUCUGCCCACCCGUCUCCGGCAGUCAGGGCUGCAGUUUUCAGCCAUAGAAGGGCAAGGCUGCAUGCGGAUGCACCCAGGAGGCUGCCCGGCGGGAAGACUGAGCUGCCUCUGCUGGUUUCAGCGGCCUGGAGUGGGGAGGGAGGAGGGGGAUAAAUAAAGCCUGCAGGCCAGCCAGCUGUCCCGUGCUGGGGCCCCUAGACAGGCCCUGCCACCUCUCACCUUUCCUAGUUUAGAAACUAGAAAAUCCCUCACUGCUUCCCCAGUGGAAGCUGCCCCAGGAGUGGCCCAGUGGGGCCAACCAGCUGUUCUAUGCCAGCAGCUCCGGAGUAUGUACAUUUCCACUCUGGUUCCAACUUGUUCUUCUAUUCACGGCCCCAUUAAGAAAAACAUUCAUCUGCAGGCCGGACCGGGUUGGGAUUCAGCAAGUUGGUGUGGCUACUCUGAGUGUGUGACACACCUGCAGGGGCCUGUGAGCAGUGGGAGGGCCAGACAUGUGGAUUUCCAGGGCUGGUGGCUUCCUUUCUCCAGGCCUCAGUGUCCUCAUCUAUCAAAUGAGAUCAAUUCUUGCCAAACAGAGUUGCUGUGACAAGAAAGUAAAUGAGACAGAGGAGCCCAGCACUGCGCCCUGGAGAUUUUGAUUCGCUUUCCAAGGACAAUGUCUUCGAGAAUAACCGUUUGGCCUUUGAAGUGGCUGAGAAGGAGCUGGGGAUCCCCGCUCUCCUGGACCCCAAUGACAUGGUCUCCAUGAGCGUCCCUGACUGCCUCAGCAUCAUGACCUAUGUGUCCCAGUAUUACAACCACUUCUGCAGUCCUGGCCAAGCUGGUGUCUCACCACCCAGAAAGGGCCUGGCACCCUGUUCCCCGCCAUCUGUAGCACCCACUCCAGUGGAACCAGAAGAUGUGGCUCAGGGCGAGGACCUCUCCUCAGGCAGCCUGUCAGAGCAGGGCACCGGCCAGACCCCCAGCAGCACGUGCGCAGCCUGCCAGCAGCAUGUGCACUUGGUGCAGCGCUACCUGGCUGACGGCAGGCUGUACCAUCGCCACUGCUUCCGGUGUCGGCGGUGCUCCAGCACCCUGCUCCCUGGGGCUUAUGAGAAUGGGCCCGAGGAGGGCACCUUUGUGUGUGCAGAACACUGUGCCAGGCUGGGCCCGGGGACACGGUCGGGGACCAGGCCUGGGCCCUUCUCACAGCCAAAGCAGCAGCACCAGCAGCAACUCGCAGAAGAUGCCAAGGAUGUUCCAGGAGGCGGCCCCAGCUCCAGUGCUCCUGCAGGGGCUGAGGCCGAUGGACCCAAGGCCAGCCCUGAGGCCCGGCCGCAGAUCCCUACCAAGCCCCGGGUUCCUGGCAAACUACAGGAGCUGGCCAGCCCCCCUGCGGGCCGCCCCACCCCUGCCCCCAGGAAGGCCUCUGAGAACACCACCCCAGCACCCCCCACGCCCCGGCCCCGCUCCAGUCUGCAGCAGGAGAACCUGGUGGAGCAGGCUGGCAGCAGCAGCCUGGUGAACGGGAGACUGCACGAACUACCUGUCCCCAAGCCGAGGGGGACACUGAAGCCGUCCGAGGGGACACCAGCCCCCAGGAAGGACCCCCCAUGGAUCACGCUGGUGCAGGCAGAACCAAAGAAGAAGCCAGCCCCACUUCCCCCAAGCAGCAGCCCGGGGCCACCAAGCCAGGACGGCAGGCAGGUGGAGAAUGGAGGCACCGAGGAGGUGGCCCAGCCGAGCCCAGCGGCCAGCCUGGAGUCCAAACCCUAUAACCCCUUUGAGGAGGAGGAGGAGGACAAGGAGGAAGAGGCUCCAGCUGCACCCAGCCUGGCCACCAGCCCUGCCCUGGGCCACCCGGAGUCCACACCCAAGUCCCUGCACCCCUGGUACGGCAUCACCCCUACCAGCAGCCCCAAGACAAAGAAGCGCCCUGCCCCGCGCGCACCCAGCGCGUCCCCACUGGCUCUCCACGCCUCCCGCCUCUCGCACUCGGAGCCGCCCUCGGCCACACCAUCGCCAGCGCUCAGCGUGGAGAGCCUGUCGUCUGAGAGCGCCAGCCAGACUGCAGGUGCAGAGCUUCUGGAGCCGCCAGCUGUGCCCAAGAGCUCCUCAGAGCCUGCUGUCCAUGCCCCUGGUACCCCUGGAAACCCUGUCAGCCUCUCUACCAACUCCUCCCUGGCCUCCUCUGGGGAACUAGUGGAGCCUAGAGUGGAACAAAUGCCUCAAGCCAGCCCUGGCCUUGCCCCCAGGACCAGGGGCAGCUCAGGUCCCCAGCCAGCCAAGCCCUGCAGUGGCGCCACCCCAACGCCUCUCUUGUUGGUUGGAGACAGGAGCCCGGUGCCUUCCCCUGGAAGCUCGUCCCCACAGCUGCAGGUAAAGUCCUCCUGCAAGGAGAAUCCUUUUAACCGGAAGCCAUCACCUGCAGCGUCCCCAGUCACAAAGAAGGCCACCAAGGGAUCCAAGCCAGUGAGGCCACCUGCCCCUGGACACGGCUUUCCACUCAUCAAACGCAAGGUCCAGGCUGACCAGUACAUCCCUGAGGAGGACAUCCAUGGAGAGAUGGAUACCAUUGAGCGCCGGCUGGAUGCCCUGGAGCACCGUGGGGUGCUGCUGGAAGAGAAGCUGCGUGGCGGCCUGAAUGAGGGCCGUGAGGAUGACAUGCUGGUGGACUGGUUCAAGCUCAUCCACGAGAAGCACCUACUGGUGCGGCGAGAGUCCGAGCUCAUCUAUGUCUUCAAGCAGCAGAACCUGGAGCAGCGCCAGGCUGAUGUCGAGUAUGAGCUCCGGUGCCUCCUCAAUAAGCCAGAAAAGGACUGGACGGAGGAGGACCGGGCCCGGGAGAAGGUGCUGAUGCAGGAGCUUGUGACCCUCAUUGAGCAGCGCAACGCUAUCAUCAACUGCCUGGAUGAGGACCGGCAGAGGGAGGAAGAGGAGGACAAGAUGUUGGAAGCCAUGAUCAAGAAGAAAGAGUUCCAGAGGGAGGCUGAACCUGAGGGCAAGAAGAAGGGGAAGUUCAAGACCAUGAAGAUGUUGAAACUGCUAGGAAACAAACGUGAUGCCAAGAGCAAGUCCCCCAGAGACAAGAGCUAACAGCACGAGAAGCCAGUUGGGGAUUGCCCCCUCCUGGAGCAGCUCCUGGGCUGUGCUCUGUUUGAAGGGGGUGCCCUGCUCCCCUCAGAUCAGUCAGGAGGAAGAUGACUAAGGGGAGGGAUCCUCUGGGUGAUGGCCUCUUCCUCCUCAGGGACCUCUGACUGCUCUGGGCCAAAGAAUCUCUUGUUUCUUCUCCGAGCCCCAGGCAGCGGUGAUUCAGCCCUGCCCAACCUGAUUCUGAUGACUGCGGAUGCUGUGACAGACCCAAGGGGCAAAUAGGGUCCCAGGGUCCGGGGAGGGGCGCCUGCUGAGCACUUCCGCCCCUCACCCUGCCCAGCCCCUGCCAUGAGCUCUGGGCUGGGUCUCCGCCUCCAGGGUUCUGCUCUUCCAGGCAGGCCAGCAAGUGGCGCUGGGCCACACUGGCUUCUUCCUGCCCCAUCCCUGGCUCUGAGUCUCUGUCUUCCUGUCCUGUGCAGGUGCCCCUGGAUCUCAGUUUCCCUCACUCAGGAACUCUGUUUCUGAAGUCUUCAGUUAAGUUUGAGUUUAUGACUCAGUGGCCUGUACUGUCAGACGUGAAUGGGCCUGACGGGCAAAUCCAUCCCUCUCUCCCUCACAGUUCCAGGAGCGGCUUCCCUCGUCUCCCCUUACUCCACAGGGAGCCUCCCUUGCCAGGACCAGGGCUGCGACGGCCAUGCUGGGGCAGGUGGGUGCUCUGUUAGCUGCUCCCAGUGCUGUCCCAGGCUGCAGUUCUGGUGCCUGGUUGUCAGGUAGGAAGGGUGCACUUGAAGCAGGUGCUCAUCUCGGUUCCCUAACGUUUAUAGUCUGACCCCUCAUUUAGGCUUUCCUCUGCCACCCCGGUCCAGGGAAGAGGCUCGCUCCCGCCCAUGGUCAUCACUGGUCUGUCUGCUCUGUUGUCUGUUCUCUCCCUGACUCCCUCCCACCGAAGGCCUGAUGGCCACUCACCCCUCUGGGAUGGCUAUGGGAGAGGAGGAGUGAUGGGGACCGCCACCUUUUCUGCAGGAAAUGUGCCCAGCAGCUCUUGGUCAAAGCACUGUUGCUAUAAACUAUCUCUGGGAUGCCUCUAGGCCCCCUUCCCUCUACACACCUCUGGGAAAAGAUCACACUGUAUUAACUCUCGAGGAGUUUCCUCACCAAUAAACAGACAACCUCAACUGCCA